CUUCAGAUGUCGUUCAAUUUUUGGAAUUUACUUCUGUUCCUGAUUUCUUCGGCGAUGGUUGUAAUAGGCAACCCGAAAUUUAACGACGGAGGGUUCGUACCAAGUUCCAUGAUUUACAUGGAAAAGAGCGCAAAAUCUCAGGAUCAGCUAGCCCAGCCGUCGCAAUUAGAGCUACGAAGCGAGACGGCGUCGAAACGGGGUGACACAGAGACCAACGACAUCACGGAUCGUAGUCAAGAACCUCGAUUUGGUUUCACGAAUCUUGGUAGCACAGGCAGUGGUUAUGGAGUAUCGAGUUAUGCCCCAGCAAAGAUAGACUUAGGAGGCCUACUUCUGGGUGCCAUCAUAGGAGUAGGCUCAGUCCUUAUCAUUCCUAAACUUCUGUACGUUCUCUCUGGCAGUUAUGGUCAUUAUGCAAGAAGUGAAGACAGCGGUUUCACCCAAAUUAUGACGAAACUGGACGACGUCCUAGCGCGUCACGGUAUCGACACGACGUCCUGCAUGCAACGUGCCGUGUGCACUUAUUCGCAGCAAGCCGCGUCAUCCAUGAAGGAGGCCAAUCAGCUGAACGACGAUGAAAACGUCUCGUCGUUUGACCGUGUGAUCGAUACGAUCACGACGAAUCAGAUUUUCAAUACGGCCAUGGAAGGAACCGCUAUACAAGAGGCGGUGGAAGCAGGGAGAACUGAUCGAAAUUGUUCGCGGACAUAUCCACACUGCGGAUUCUCCAUGGAAACCAUGCUGUCCCUUUUAUCGAACGUAAUUACCACAGUCGCCACGGUUAACACGGCAACCGCGACGCCUACGGGUUCUGGAACAUUGUAA